AUGCCGCCUCCGCCUCAUCAGAAGCCCGAGAAUGUGCUGAAGCGCGCCCAUGAGUUGAUGGGCGUUGGGCAGUCCUCCGCCGCCCUCGUCCUGCUCCAUGAGCAUAUCACCUCCAAACGCUCGCGCAAUGUCCCCAUCACGUCGCUGGAGCCGGUGAUGCUCCUGUUGGUGGAACAGUCCGUCGAGCAGAAGAAGGGAAAAUUGGCGAAGGAUGCCUUAUACCAGUACAAGAACAUCAGCCAGAAUACCAACGUUGGAACCAUCGAGUUGGUCCUAAAGAAGUUUAUCGAGCUGGCGGAGGACAAGGUGAAGACUGCCCAGGCAAAGGCCGACGAAGUUCAGUCAUCCCUCGAAACCACGGCGGCAACCGCGAGUGUCGACGAUCUGGAAGCCAGCGAGACCCCGGAGUCCAUUCUUCUUUCAACUGUUUCCGGUGAACAAUCUCGGGACCGCACAGAUCGCGCGAUCGUGACACCAUGGCUGAAGUUUCUUUGGGAGACUUACCGGACCGUUCUCGAUAUCCUCAGGAACAACGCGAGGUUGGAGAUUAUGUACCAGAGCACUGCCAUGCAAGCAUUCGAGUUCUGCCAAAAAUACACAAGAAAGACCGAAUUCCGCCGUCUUUGCGAGCUCCUCCGAAACCAUGUUCAGACCGCGGCAAAGUACUCUGCUCAGAUGCACGCUAUCAAUCUGAAUGACCCAGAUACUCUGCAGCGCCAUUUGGAGACGCGUUUUCAACAGCUGAACGUGGCAGUCGAGCUGGAGUUGUGGCAGGAGGCAUUCCGAAGUGUUGAAGAUAUCCACACCUUGCUCAACCUUAGCAAGCGCCCACCAAAGAACAUUAUGAUGGCAAAUUACUACGAGAAGCUGACCCGGAUCUUUUUGGUUGGCGAGAAUUAUCUUUUCCACGCUGCGGCAUGGUCUAGAUAUUAUAAUCUUCUCCGCCAAUCUGCGUCAAUGCUCGCUUCAGGCCAGAGCAAGAAGGCAGACAACCCAGCCACUUCCGAAGCAGACCUUUCCAAGGCCGCCUCGUUUGUCUUGCUCUCUGCUCUCGCCAUCCCAGUUAUCAGCACAUCGCGGUCCCGCGGUGCUUUGGUUGAUAUUGAUGAGGCCAAGAAGAACAAGAACUCCCGUCUCACUCAUCUUUUGGGUAUGGCACAGGCUCCUACUCGUGCCGUCCUUUUUAGAGAUGCUAUGAGCAAGGGCCUCUUGAAGCGCGCCCGUCCCGAAAUCCGUGAGCUUUUCAACAUUCUCGAAGUUGACUUCCACCCCCUGUCUAUCUGCAAGAAGAUCUCACCCAUUUUGGUUAAGAUUGGUGCUGAUGAGGAGAUGGCAAAAUAUGUCCUCCCUCUCCAGCAAGUUAUCCUGACUAGACUCUUCCAACAACUGUCCCAGGUCUAUGAGACCGUCGACCUUGCUUUUGUCGAGAACCUUGCCCAGUUCCCCGAGCCUUUCCAAGUAACAAAAGAUACAAUUGAGAAAUUUAUCAUGAACGGCAACAAAAAGGGUGACCUUGCUAUCCGCAUGGAUCACGCUACAGGGGUCCUUAGCUUCGAUACCGACGUCUUCUCCUCGACUAAAGCUGUCCAUACCGGGUCAAGCGCCGGUUCAGCUGAGAGUGAGACAUCUUCCGUUCAAAGACUGCAAAAUACCCCAUCCGAGAUUGUUCGAACACAAUUGACGCGGUUGGCUAAGUCUCUCUACGUUACAUGUCAAUAUAUCGACCCCUCGGUCAAUGAGUCCAGAAUUCGAGCCCGGGAUGCAGCAUACGCGCGGGCUAAGGCUGGUGCCGAACAGGAGCAUCACGAUAUUCUCGCGCGCAAGGAAAUCAUCGCCAAGCGGAAAGAGGAGGCAUCCGAAAUCCAAGCCCGCAAGGAGAAGGAAGAUGCCACUCGCAAGCGCAUUCGAGCAGCACAAAUCCAGGAAGCUGAGGACAAGAGACUCGCCCAGGAACAAAAAGAUCGUGAAGAGAAGCGCAUGAAGGCUGAGCUUGACCGUGUCCGCAAAGAAGAACUCAAGAAGGAGAUUGCGGCUCUCAAGAUUGGUCCCAAGGCACUCGACAUCGAUGUGGAAGACCUGGAAAAUCUUGAUAGCAACCGUCUCCGUGCCAUGAAGCUUGCUCAGUUGGAGCGUGAGAAGAAUGAUAUCAACGAGAAGCUGAGAGUCACUGCCAAGCGUAUCGACCAUCUCGAGCGAGCAUUCAGAAAAGAAGAAGCCAAGAAGCUGCCCGAAGACUACGCUCAGCAACGCCAGCGGGAUCUAGAUGCUUAUGAGAAGAUCAAGGAGCAGACAUUGAAAGAUUCCGAGGCCAAACAUAAGGCUAAUGUCGAGCUCAAGCAUAGGCUGUCUCGAUUGGUACCCUUCUACGAAUCAUUCAAGGAAACCAUUGUUGAGCGGAGACAUGACGAAUUUGAGAAGCGCCGCCGUGACGCAACCAAGGAGCUUGAGAAGCAAAUCGAACUUAGAAAGAAGGAGUUUAAGGAGCGGAAGGCUCGUGAGAAGCGGGAGCUUGCUGAGCAAGAGCGGAUAUUGCGUGAGGAGGAAGAGCGCGCCGCAAGAGAGGCAGAGGAGAAGGCUGCAAGGGAAGAACAGAAGCGGAAAGAAUUCGCCGAGCUCAAAGCCAUUCGCGAGAAGGAGCGGCAAGAGGCGUUGGAGAUGGCUGCGUUGCAAGCACGACGAGCCGAAGAAGCUGAGAGACGCAAGGCGGAGGAGAAGGCUAAAAGCCGUGGGGUUCAAAUGGAUCGUGCUGAAUCUGGCUCUGGUUCCGGUGUUCGUCCACCUCUGCCUCUUGCUGGUGCUAAGAUGGGAUGGAGAGAAAAGGAGCGUCUGCGUGCAGAGGGCAAGGAAGUACCUUCCGCUGCUGCACCCACCCGCACUGAAUCUCCAAUGGCACGCGCUUCGCCGAUGGGACGUGCAGCUCCUAUGGAGAGGACUGACUCCAACGAUCAAUCCGGAGAGAGAGGCCCCCCUCGCCUUGCCCUUGCUGGUGGCAAACCAUCCUGGAGAGAGAGGGAAGCUGCGAAGACAUCGGGUGCUGGCGACUCGGCUCCCGCAUCGCGACUCCCUUCCGCAAUGGCGCGAGGACGAUCGGGUAGAGGCGAAGACGAACGUGAUGUUUCACCUGCUCCACCAGCAGCAGCUUCAGGUGAUAGUCUCAAACCUAGCGGAACUGCUGGGAAGUUUGUGCCGCCACAUCUGCGCAACAAGCAGUAA